UGUGUGGACAUAAGUUUUUAUUUCUCUUGUAUAAACAGUGAUAUAUACCCAGGAGUGGUUACUCUCUGUGUAACUUUCUCAGGUACUGCCAGACUUUUCCACAGAGGCUGCACCAUUUUACAUUCCCACCAGCAGUGCUCAAGUGUACAAUGUCCCAUAUAGAUUUAAUAUGCCCAGGUAAUUUUUACCCUGUAAAUGUAGUUAAAUUCUCUUUCUAGGGGUUUAUUUUUCUUUUUCUUUUGUUAUAGUAGCCAAAUACAAAGAAGAAAAGCAGUUCUUUUCUUGAUGAAGAACUCUUUGGUUCCUUAAAUCCUGAAGUAUUAUUAAUCUAUUUACAUUGUUGUCAGCUUGAUAAAUUAGAGAAUAUAAAAGGCUGGCCUGGAAAAAAAACUUGUGUUUUGUAAUCACUUUUUUCACAGGAGGGUGAAAAGCAUAAGUAAAACUUUCAAAGUAAUUUUCAGGGUGUGUAGCAUUUAAGGUUAUUUCGUGCCAAAGACCACAAAACAGGUUUUUAUAAUGUGUUUUUUCAUCUAGGCAAAAUUCUACCCAGUGUUAAUACAUGUUUGGGGCCAGCAGGGACUGAACUGUAUUUAAUAGUGCUGCAUAUUUCUCUUGGAUUGUCUUCUCUUCAAACAGAUCAUAAACCUGGACUCUGAAGUCCCACUAAUGUCGCACUAAUGUCACGUGGGUCCCAUUUUCACCUAAUCAGAUUCUUGGCAGUUUAUGAGUUGGUAUCUUCACUUUUUAUGUGUAGGUCAACAUGCGUUAGCAGAACAGAAUGCUUCUUUCUAUCUGCAUCAUAUUGGUGCAUUUACUGAUUCGAUACCGAUUACAUUUCUUGCCAGAGAGUGUUGCUGUUGUUUCUUUAGGUAUUCUCAUGGGAGCAGUUAUAAAAAUUAUAGAGUUUAAAAAACUGGCAAAUUGGAAGGAAGAAGAAAUGUUUCGUCCAAAUAUGUUUUUCCUUCUGCUGCUUCCACCCAUUAUAUUUGAGUCAGGAUAUUCGUUACACAAGGGUAACUUCUUUCAAAAUAUUGGUUCCAUCACCUUGUUUUCUGUUUUUGGUACAGCAAUUUCUGCUUUUGUAGUAGGUGGAGGAAUUUAUUUUCUGGGUCAGGCUGAUGUAAUCUCUAAACUCAACAUGACAGACAGUUUUGCAUUUGGUUCCCUAAUUUCUGCUGUGGAUCCAGUGGCUACUAUUGCUAUUUUUAAUGCACUUCAUGUGGACCCAGUGCUCAACAUGCUGGUUUUUGGAGAGAGUAUUCUCAACGACGCAGUCUCCAUCGUCUUGACCAACACAGCUGAAGGUUUAACGAGAAAAAAUAUGUCAGAUGUCAGUGGGUGGCAAACAUUUUUACAAGCCCUUGGCUACUUUCUCAAAAUGUUCUUUGGCUCGGCAGCACUCGGCACUCUCACUGGCUUAAUCUCUGCAUUAGUGCUAAAGCAUAUUGACUUGAGGAAAACGCCUUCCUUGGAGUUCGGCAUGAUGAUCAUUUUUGCGUAUCUUCCUUAUGGGCUCGCGGAAGGAAUCUCACUCUCUGGCAUUAUGGCCAUCCUGUUCUCAGGCAUCGUGAUGUCCCACUACACGCACCACAACCUGUCCCCAGUCACCCAGAUCCUCAUGCAGCAGACCCUCCGGACCGUGGCCUUCUUGUGCGAAACAUGUGUGUUUGCAUUUCUUGGCCUGUCCAUUUUUAGUUUCCCUCACAAGUUUGAAAUUUCCUUUGUCGUCUGGUGCAUAGUGCUUGUACUGUUUGGCAGAGCGGUGAAUAUUUUCCCUCUUUCCUACCUUCUGAAUUUCUUCCGAGAUCAUAAAAUCACACCAAAGAUGAUGUUCAUCAUGUGGUUUAGUGGCCUGCGGGGCGCCAUCCCCUAUGCCCUGAGCCUGCACCUGGACCUCGAGCCCAUGGAGAAGCGGCAGCUCAUCGGCACCACCACGAUCAUCAUCGUGCUCUUCACCAUCCUGCUGCUGGGCGGCAGCACCAUGCCCCUCAUCCGCCUCAUGGACAUUGAGGACACCAAGGCACGUCGCCGGAACAAGAAGGAUGUCAACCUUAGCAAGACGGAGAAGAUGGGCAACACAGUGGAGUCGGAGCACUUGUCAGAGCUCACCGAGGAGGAGUAUGAAGCCCACUACAUCAGGCGGCAGGACCUCAAAGGCUUCCUGUGGUUGGAUGUCAAGUAUCUGAACCCCUUCUUCACACGGCGAUUGACCCAGGAGGACCUCCACCACGGGCGCAUCCAGAUGAAAACCCUCACCAACAAGUGGUACGAGGAGGUGCGCCAGGGCCCCUCUGGCUCUGAGGACGAUGAGCAGGAGCUGCUGUGAUGGAGCAGGGCCUUCCCACGGCCCAGGAUGCGCGCCCGGCGAGGACCCCAGGAGCAUGUGCACUCGGCUGCCUCUUCGGGGAAGAUGAAAGUAGGGGGAAGCCAAGGCGCUGCCUCCUUAACCCGAACUGUCCAGGCCAGCUGGCUCCUUUGAAACAUGUCAUCUCCCCAGUCCUGAGCCGGGCCUCUGCUCGCAGCGUCUCCCAGCCCGCAGAUUAGAGGGAACACCUGUCCAGGUAAAAGUUUCCUUUUGCUUCCUCAGCCAAAGCAGUCACCUGUCCAGCCAAGGUGCCUGAGAGGAGCAAUCCUACUGUGGAAGCUGCCGUGGCUGGGUGUCUUCAACGGAGCACUGGUUUGCAGUUUCUGCCAUUCCCAGCUAAUGCCAUCAUCAAUGCCAUCAUCGUGACCCCAGGGUGGGCAGGGUGAGAAGCCAACUGCCAGUUUCCUUAUCGUCAUCAAGGUGCCUUGGGUCUCAGCAGCAGCAAUUCUGACCUAAGUGGCAGGCCCAGAAGUCUUGAAAACCUCACACUCCCCUUUGUGAUGUUGCUUGCACACCCUGAGAAAGAAAAACGCGGUGACCUUUUCUUCUUUACCUCUGAUUGGCACCUCACGGGCUGUCUUCCUGGGUGGCAGGUGGCCACUGCCUUCUCUGGGAAUACUGUGAAUGUUUACACUGGUGACCAGCACACAGGCACAGACUCUUCUUUGAGCCCCUUUGGAAGCGGCAUCCCUGGAUUUUGCGGGGUGAAUGAGCCUAUUCUGUGGUGUUAGAGCACCCUCUAGAGGAAAAAGGUAUAGGUACAGUGCUUAGGUGGGUCAGCAACUGCUGUUUGAAUUUCGUUUAAAUUCGUGCACUUUAACAAAGUGGUGAGGGCCUAGUAGUUGCCUCCCUCACCUUGAUUCCCUACUUGGUGUCCUUGUGUGUCCAAAGGCCCCUUUUCCUGGGCUCCACAGGGUCUGCCCACAAUUUACCCGCUGCCACCUUCAUUGCUAUUCAGCAUUUCCUCUUUCCCAAUUCUCCACUGUUUUGGGUCCCACUUGUCCCCCAUGCCAGGGUCCAAACUCACCCAAGUACAAAGACGGGGGGCCAGAGCCUGCCAUCCCUCCCCAGGACUCCGGUGGCCUGUAGCUACAUGCAUCUGAUCCUCACCUGCAAUCCCCAAGCAGCCACUGUAUCCCCAGGACCCAUUUGGUUCACAGAGUGCUUGUACUCUCUCACGCAGACACCCUGCUGACUCCACAGGCCCAGCCCCUGAGCCAUCUGAGGGCAAGGAGCUGCCAAUCGUGUCCAGAUGAAAUAGAGCUACUGACUCACAUUCACUCCUCUCCUGCCCUUUAACAAGCCUUGUACCUGCUUGCCUUUGCCCAUCUACAGGCUAUUUUGGCAAUUCCCAUGUGUGGUCAGGGUCCCAGCUUGAGCUGGGACUUGGCACCCUCUGGGUGAUUCAGUUCAUCAUGUGCAUGUCCUUGGUUCUCUGUGGGGACCCAGUGGACCAGCAUGGACCCUGGCUGGCAGCAAAUACGUGUCCAUCUCUUCUGCCUCAGGCAGCGUGGCUCUGGAUGUCAAGAAGGACUGACCUUGGGACCAUUUAGGACUUGUGUCCAGCCCACAGAGCCAGUCCCCUCCCUAACCUUUUCCCUUUCCCCUUUCCCAAGUGUAAGUGUUAAGGCCAGUCAGGCAGGAAGCACGUGGUUUCCUUUUUAUGCAUGAAAAGUAAAUUUGUACUUGGUAGAGCUAAAAUAUGAUUAUUUUUGUUUUUGUAAUCUCCCACCUUAACCCAAUAAUUUGAGCCAAACAGGAUUCUUUUACUCCACCUGGUACCCCCACUGGAGGAGUAAUGUGUGCAUAAUUCUGGUCUCAUCAUUUCCUAUUUCCUUUUAGUAGAAAAAUAUGAGGUCAAAGAGGGAGGAACCUUUGUCCAUAUGAGGUGAGGGGUACACAGAUAUCUGGGACCAGUUUGUUCUCUCAUCCCCAACUCACAAGUAAUUUACUUUCUGCCCUAAAACUCAAGGUCUGAUCUCAGAGGUGGAAGUUGCAUUGCAAACUCAAUAGCUUGCCAGAAAAAAAAAAAAAUUAUUUAUUUUUUUAGUUCAUAGAGUAAGCAAUGAAAACAGGUUCUUUUCAAUUCGGACUGCCCCUUGUCACCAGGUCCUGCCUGACCUCCCACUUUUAGCUGAGACCUGAAAAUGACACUGUGGUAGAGAAGCAUGUGGGGGACUUAGUGGAAGGUCCCCAAGGCUUGGCUAUGGGGCAGGGGGCACCUUUUCUCGCAGGUAUCAGCCCUGGCCUGGAUCUCCCAUGGGCCUCCUCUGCCCCCUGCUGGCCAAGUGAGGGUUUAGCCUGGGAGAGCAUUCCCAUGGAAAAGAGUAACCCAUGUUCCUGAACAAUCUGGCUAAUCACCUUUGGGACGGGCAAAAGCCCAUAGAGAGGUAUUUUUCUGAUGGAUUUUUCAAAUGUCUGCCUGAGAAUCAAAAAUUGCUGCUGUUGCCCUGGCCAGUUUGCUCAGUGGUUAGAGCGUUGGCCCA